AUGUCUUUGAAACAGCUCCUUGGCACUAAAAAAGUCUUUUCGGCUGAGGAUGACUAUGUUCAAUUGUAUAAUGUAGAACCAUCAGCCAAUAUUUCAAUCUCAGAUAUGAUCGAAUUCGCUUAUCUUCGUAGCCAAGUUCAUCAAGAGAUCAAUGAUCUCGAAAAUGGAAUUGAAAAAAGAGAUCAAUUUGAGAAAAUUAUGAUUAAAUACGGUAUUCCGAUAAAAAGACCACGCGAUGGCGUCUUCAAUCCAUCAAAUUCAGUUAUACCUAAUUUCGAAUGUGGCCAAAUUACCAAACAAUUUCUUGAUGAAAUGUCAUUUUACGCUUUCAUGGUCAUUUCUCUUCGUACUGAUGAAACACAGCACAAAUUUGUUAAAGUUGAAUCAGAGAUCUUUAAAGCAAGAAUUCGCUAUGCAUUAGAUCAACACGCAAAGCUUCACGAAGAAGAUGGACAACCAUUUAAGUUCCCUCAAGAGCUUCUUGAAAUACCUCAUCCGAAAUUAAAUCUUGACCAACACUAUAACAGAAAGACAAAGAUGUACACAAUUCCAUUUGAGCUAGUUUUUGAAUUUAUUAAUGUUUAUACCUGCAGACUUUCAGAUGGUUUCGUCGAAGUUAGUCCAAAAGAAUUAGAUUCGUUCUUUACAAAACUUUAUCAGAUAUAUCUUGAAAAGAGGAUUGCACGUUACAGAGCAGCUAAAAUACAUUCUUCAGAUCUUACAAAGAUUGCUAUUUCUUUAUUUGAUGAACGUGCAGGCAGUUUUGUUGCCAAAAGUCGUCAGAACUUCUCUCGUGUUACACUCCAAGAUAUGGAUGCUGUUAUUCGCUCAUUCCCACCAUGCAUGAGAUCAAUGUAUGAUGCUCUAAAGAAGAAUCACAAAUUAUUCCAUUCCGGAAGAUUGCAAUUUGGCCUUUACUUGAAAGGAAUCGGUCUUACAAUGGAUGAAUCCCUCAAAUUCUGGAGAUCAGAGUUUACCAAAGCAAUUUCUCUUGAUGAUUUCGAAAAACAUUACGCUUACAACAUUAGACACACAUACGGUAAAGAAGGCGCAGGAAAGAACUUAAGCGCUUAUUCAUGUGCAGGUAUCCUUAGACAGCCUGCACCAGCAUCAGGACAAACACACGGAUGUCCAUUCAAGAUGAUGCAAAUGCCUCAACUUGAAGCUUUGAUCAAGGAAAUCAAUCCAGAAAUUGCAGGAAAGUACAUGGCAGAAAUCAAUGCCAAAGCAAGAGAAAAUCCAGGCUCUGCUUGCGCUAUUCUAUUUAACUCACUCCAUCCAGAUCAUGAACUCGAUGAAACAGGUGUUUUCCAUCCAAAUGUUUAUUUCAACGAAAGUGAAGAUAGAUUCAUAGAAAAAGAAAAGAAACAAUAA